AUGGAAAAACUCGACACAAAGGCCCCGGGUGACACAACCAGUGACCUCCCCCAACCAAAUACCCCAUCAUCACCACCACCGCCGCCCCCCGAAUCAACACUACGACAACGAUGGAAAGCCGUGACCAAAGUCCUCCUCAUACCCUACAAAAUCCCCGGCCCGCCCCCACCCUCCCCUCGCACCCCCCAGCGACAGAUCCUCCUCAAAAUCCUCAUCGCGCCCGUCUUCUGGUUCAACAUAUCGCUCAUAUUCUGUGGUCUACGCCUUCUCCUCCCCAUGGAUUUCGACAAAGACACGGUCAGUCUUAUGAAGCUGCACGGGCGGAUUUUGUUGCAAGGUAUUACAGGAGGGACAGUUCUCGACCUGGUGCUCUUGGGGUGGUACCUGACGGGGGGCUGGCAGAUUUAG